AGCUGCACCUGAAGGACCAGAACUUCCAGGACCAGGACCUCAAGAGAAGCAUCAGCUGCCCCAAACCUCCAGGACCUCCAGACGAGUCAUGAAGCUGCUCCUCCUGCUGGCAGUUGCUGCCAGCCAGAUGGAGCUCUCUGCCUCUGAGACUGUUACUCUGAAUGCUCCUGGUGGAAACAUCAACAUCAGCGACGUUCCCAUCACUUUCUAUGGAAAAACCUACACAUUGUUACACGCGAAGAUCGGCAAUAAGACUGAAAUUUGUUUCAAAAAUGACCCAUCUGAGGACGACAUUGACUGUGUGGUGACCAGCGAGAUGGUUUCAACCAAACUGAAGUACUCUGUUGAUGUUAGGUCAUUUUCUGCUCGCUCUGAUCUUGUUAACAUCAACACCCAGGGACUGGGUAUGAUUCCUCUCAAGUUCUUCAAUGGUGAAACAUACAAUAUGCGGUUGGUAUUCCUCAAUUAUGGUUUACAAGCUGCUUGCUAUACAUAUCAUCCUGCUAGCCGUCCGUUUUCUGCUAGUUUAGAAAUGUCUACAAAAGUCGGUGGCACAGUGAUGGAUACCUGGAAGCCUCCUGCACGCAAAUUUACUUAUCGAGACCUGAGUGGAUGCAGAGGCUCAGGUGGCGCUGCAAUGCCGGGUUCAGAGAUGCCCAGCGCAGAGCCCUGCUCUGUUGAACUGUGUUCUCUGUCUGCAGUCCUCGCUAAUGUCACAGCAUGUGGGCCCGAGGAGGUUUGCCAAGCGGACAACACGUGCGCUAUUCCUCCGGUGGUGUGCACGGUGACGGGCUCCACGGUGAUUGGUUUCCACGGAGCAGUGCACUCUGUCCAGGAUCGCUGUGCCUACAGUCUGAUGGAGCCUGAAGGCAGCGCCAGCUUCAACCUCACGGCCGCCUUCAGGGAGCGCCGGCGUACAGAUGUUCCUCUUCUGGACCACCUGAUCCUGUCGCUGCCAGGGACCAUGUAUCUGGAGCAAGGAGGAAGAGUUCGGGUUGGUGGUGAAGCCCUGGUGCUCAACAGCACAGCUCAGCUGAUGCACGGCGUGGAGCUCUCCAAGGACCAGACUGGAGUCACUGCUAAGUUCCCGUCCUCCAACAUGACUCUCUUUUUUGAUGGCAACAGCGCACAUGUGGCAGGACUUCCUGAAGCUGUAGAGGGUUUGUGUGGCAGCCCCUCCAACUCCAGCUGGACCACCAGCCUGACUGCCGAGAAGUCCUCUGUCAGCCUCCCUGGCUGUGAGAUUCAAUCCCAGGACUCAGUCGACAGCACCAUCAACUGCAACCGCUCCACCGACCACUGUAAUCUCAUGAGGCAGCCUCCCUUCUCCGCCUGUCACGAGCACACCGACCCAGAGCCGUACAUCAGCGCCUGCACACACACUCUGUGCAGUUACCCGUCAGUGGAUGGGGUCGACUGCCACUUUUUGGAGGCUUACGCCAAGACCUGCAGCCUGGAAGCCAACGUGACCCUGGAGGACUGGAGGUCAACUUCUGGCUGCUGUAAGAUUCUCUAUUUCCAUUCGUACUGGAACUCGUGCAGUCAACAGCCCUGCAGUGAUCAUGAGUUCUGUGGAGAGGAGUUAGGUUCGACCCGCUGCUUCUGCAGGGCUCUGUUCGCCUCCAAGUACAACGCCACCAAGUCUUUCGGCGAUCCCACGGUCUGCAGGCAGGACUCGGCCUCUGUGGUUCUGGCUGGAUGUCUGCUGGACGACAAAGGCAUCGACUUCUCCACCUUACACCUCAAAGACCCCAGUUGCAAGGGCCACAUGGACCCCCAGAGCCACCUGGUGACCUUCAGCUUCAACAGCAGCGCCCCCUGCGGGACGGAGGUCAUGGUGCAAAACAACAGCCAGAUCUUCUACGAGAACUCCAUCAUGUCCUCGAACAGCUCAUCAGGCGGAGUCAUCACCCGCAGCGACCAGUUCCAGAUCGACUUCUCCUGCAAGUACACACAGCCAGAGGUCAGGAGUGUGUCCUUCAGGAUCAAAGACAGCCGCUUGUACUCUGGAGAUGUGGAACACACUCUGACGAUGAGCUCCUUCAGCGACGCCGGCCUCCUGCAGCCGGUCGGCCCGAACACGGAGAUCCUGCUGAACCAGAAGGUCUGGCUGCAGCUGGAGGCGGUGGGGCUGGACGCCAACAUGGUCGCCAUGGUGACAGACUCCUGCUGGGCAACCAAUCAGGCAUCACCUGACAGUAAUCUGCGAUAUGACCUCAUCAUCAAAGGAUGUCCGAACCCUGCUGAUGAUACGGUGCAGAUGCAGGGAAACGGACAGGGAACGUCCAGCGUGUUCUCCUUCAACAUGUUCGAGUUCUCUGGAGCAAGCAGUGAAAUCUACCUGCACUGCAAACUGGAGCUGUGCCUCACACAGGGCCAGGCCUGCACUCCGAGCUGUGGGGGGGCAGGUCGCAGGAGGCGCAGAUCUGCUAUAUAUGCUGAUGGGAACGCGGCCCUCAUCACUAUGGGAUGGAGAAACUGAAGAGCUUUGCAUGCUGAUUCCUGACGGUGGAAAUGAAGGUCUUGUUGCUGUGAAACUGAGCCGGCACAUUAUCUGGGAUUAUUCCUGAGGACUCCAGUUAUUCUGAGCUUUAACUUCUUUAUGAUGUGGGGGUAAUAAUCAAAAGGGGUUACUUUACUAUGUGCACUGGUAUAUAUAUAUCAUUUCUUCUUUAAUAUACUGUCUGUUUUGAAAUGUGCACAGCCUGAAAGCUAGCUGAGUGUUAAAGAAGGGAAACAGGAAGUGAAUGAUAACUGAAAUGUGGAUUACUACCCAGGAAGAGGAUCAGAUCAGAUGUAAUUCCUCAGAGCACGCUGUUGUACUUUUAUUAUGAUUUUAUUACUAUGAGAAAAACAUGUAUUACUUUAUUUAGUCCAAUGAUAAUACGAUUGAGAUAUGUAACAUCUUUAGGGGAAUAAUAGAAGUGAAGCAUACAGCAGCAUUACCAACAACAUCCCAUCCAAUGAAACACACAGGAUCAGCUGAUACGAGGAACUCCUACACAACACACAUCAUUCAG